GAUAGUAAAUGACUAUUGGAAGUCUUCAAGACAAACAUCUCAUCUAAUUAUCUGAAAAAAAAAAAGAAAAGAUAAGGGAAGCCCCAUGGACUUGCUAAGAAUGCUUCUGCAGGCUACUCUGGUAGCAGGAAUGGCAGCACCAACAAAUGCUCAAGCCAAGCAGGGUUGCGAAGACAGGUGUGGCAACGUUAGCAUCCCAUAUCCAUUUGGCACAAGGGAAGGCUGCUACUAUGACAAAGCAUUUCUCAUUACUUGUAACGACGUUUUCAAUCCGUCCAAACCUUUUUUACAAACUAGUAAUAUUGAAAUCACCAACAUUUCACUACUUGAUGGUCAAGUGCAAAUCUUGCAGUUUAUAGCCCGCGAUUGCGAUGACAAGUGGGGCUCAAGGACGAAAUUUGCCGUACCCACAAUCGAGUUGUUCAAAUUCAGGAUCUCCAGAACCAAAAACAAGUUCACAGCAAUUGGUUGUGACACUCGGGCGAGCAUUAUUGGUAAAAAAGAUGACAUGAAUUAUUUGAGUGGUUGCAUGACCGUAUGUCGCAGCCAAGACUAUGUCACCAAUGGGUCUUGCUCCGGCAUUGGUUGUUGCCAAACAUCCAUCCCAGAAGGGGUUGAAAGUUACAGUGUGCAAUUAGACAGCUACAAUAACCAUACAAAUGUAUGGAAUUUCAGCCCCUGUAGUUAUGCCUUUGUUGUUGAAGAGGAUAAGUUCAACUUCUCCUCGACCUUUCUUACCGAUUUGGACAAUGUAGAAAAGCUUCCGGUGGUGCUUGAUUGGGCAGUCGGAGUUGAGACAUCAUGUGAAGAUGCAAGAAAAUCCUCUGGAUACGCAUGUCAAAAUCAUAGCAAAUGUUCUGAAGUUGAUUUUGGUCCGGGGUAUCGUUGCAAUUGCUUGGAGGGUUACGAUGGAAACCCAUACCACCCUGAUGGUUGCCAAGAUAUCGAUGAAUGUAGUGAUCCAACUCUCAAUGAGUGUGAGAACAAUUGUGAAAAUAUAGACGGAAACUACACGUGUUCUUGUCCCAAGUGGUUCCAUGGAGACGGCAGAAAAGAUGGAAAUGGCUGCAAUCCUGAACUGCAGUUGGUAAUUAAGCUUGUUCUAGGUAUUGGCAUGGGCAUUCUGGUAUUAACCAUGGGAUGCUCUUCAUUAUAUUGGGCAAUCAGAAGAAGAAAUUUGAUCCGACUGAAAGGAAAAUUCUUUGAGCAAAAUGGUGGAUUGAUAUUACAAGAACAACUUUCAAAGCUAGACGGUUCAGUUCAGAAACCUAAAAUAUUUACCAUAGAAGAGCUCAAGGAGGCAACCAAUGACUUUGAUAAAGAGAGAAUUGUUGGUCAAGGAGGGUUUGGUACAGUCUAUGAAGGAGUUCUGCCCCAAAAUAAAAGAGUUGCUAUUAAGAAGUCCUUAGCAGUUGAUAAAAGCCAACAAAAGCAAUUCUUUAAUGAGUUUAUUGUGCUCUCCCAAAUAAAUCAUGAGAAUGUGGUAAAAUUGUUGGGUUGUUGUUUACACGCGGAAUCCCCUUUCCUGGUAUAUGAAUUUAUCACCAAUGGAAAUCUAUCCCGACAUAUACAUGAAGGAGGCGACAUUUCAUGGGAAACUCGUCUAAGGGUUGCCAAAGAAACUGCCAAAGCGCUUUCGGAUUUACACACUAAAGCUUCCAUUCCAAUUAUUCAUAGAGAUGUUAAGUCUACUAACAUACUCUUAGAUGAUAAUUUUACUGCAAAAAUAUCUGACUUUGGAGUUGCGAGAAUAGUUCCAUUGGAUAAAACACAAGUACAAACAAUGGUUCAGGGAACACUUGGAUACUUCGACCCAGAAUAUUUUUAUACAAAUAAAUUGUCAGAUAAAAGUGAUGUAUAUAGUUUUGGAGUGGUACUUGCAGAGCUACUUACUGGCAGAAAGGCAAUUUCUGUUGACAAGCCAGAGGAGUCUCUCUUAUCCACAUACUUCAUUUCAUCCAUGAAGAAGAAAUGCUUGUCCUCGAUUCUGGAUGUUCGAAUUGUGAAUGAGGGUAACACUAUGCAAGUAGACAAAGUUGCUAACAUCGCGCAGCGUUGCUUAAGCUUGGAAGGGGACGAAAGGCCUAACAUGACGGAAGUGGCAACUAAGCUUGAGGAACUUUUAGGGGUGGAAAAACACCUUUCGAUCAGGAAUCCACAGGAAAUCGAUCAUCUUCAAGGUAUAUAGUUGGAUUGCGCUACUACUAGCACUACAGUUGGGUUUGAUGGAAUGAGCAAACAAGCAAUAAAUAUUUCAUAAUUUGUUCGUAUUGUAACAACGAAAGUGAAGAUUAUGCUCUGUCAUAUUAUUGGAGAUAAAUGUGAUACUUGUCCGGUUUAUUCA